GAGCUUGUAUUUAGAAGUCGCCGCGCAGCUUGUGUCUCAAGUAGUCACACGCACAGACCCCUAUGUUUACGUAAAUGAACGGUUCAGGAAGGCUGUGGUACUGGCCGGAAUGCGGAAUUGAAAGCCAGCUCGAAAGCCCGCCUUGGUAUCACUGUCUGCUGAGCCCGUCGUCGACUGCUGCACCAUCUCCUCCACCACCAUCCACAACGUCCUGCUCGCUCACAAGACCCCCCUAAUCACUCGUUCUGCACGCCCAGUAAUCCUUUCAUGUCUGAAAUCCGCAGGAAGCUCGUAAUCGUCGGUGAUGGUGCUUGUGGAAAGACUUGCUUGUUGAUUGUGUUCUCGAAAGGAACGUUCCCUGAGGUCUAUGUCCCCACCGUGUUUGAGAACUAUGUCGCCGAUGUGGAGGUCGAUGGCAAACAUGUCGAGCUCGCGCUAUGGGAUACCGCUGGCCAGGAAGACUAUGACCGUCUUCGCCCGCUCUCCUAUCCUGACUCCCACGUCAUCCUCAUUUGUUUCGCAGUAGACUCCCCAGACUCGUUGGAUAACGUCCAGGAGAAGUGGAUUUCAGAGGUUAUGCACUUCUGCGCCGGUCUCCCUAUCAUCUUGGUUGGAUGCAAGAAGGAUCUUAGACGUGAUCCUCGUGUGAUUGAAGAACUUCGCAAGACGAAUCAGCGACCAGUUACUCCCGAAGAGGGUAUGGCUGUUGCGCACAAGAUUGGCGCCAAGCACUACCUUGAGUGCUCUGCCAAGACGGGGGAGGGUGUGCGUGAAGUCUUCCAGUAUGCCACUCGCGCAGCGCUAUUGUCCAGACCCAAGGGCAAGAAGCACCACAAUUGCCUUGUGCUCUAAUAUGUUCACCACACCGCACAUUCCACCUUUUCGUACAUCACUCCGUUCCUCGAGAGUGCGUGUACGCAUGGCCACUCGUUUUGUCUGUCUUGUGUUAUCUCUUAGGUUCAUCGCAUACCCUCCCUCGUCGUCCCCGCAUCAUGACUGCUAGUACUAUCUCCGCAAUGACCCCCACCCCACUUGUGUCCAUGCAUCGUUACAGUUGAGAGGGCGCGCGUCUGCAUUCCCCAUUCCCACGGUUCUUCCGAAUGCGUUUCUCUCUAACCCUCUCCAUCCCCCUCUGUCGUUACUACAGUAUCUCGGCUUUGGUCAGCCAUGGAUUCAUUGCCCGUGUGGGUGUGCACGUCUACUUGUUUUUACAUGAGCUCAAGAUACAACCUUCCUGUUCUCUAUUUUCGCGUCUCUGGUUUAUUUGCUGUUACACUUAGUUUCGUUCUUGAACUCUCCCUCUAACUUUUUGCAACGGAAUUGUCUGCGUGAAUAUCCAUGCUGGUUGAGUUACUUGAAAUACUGUCCCAGUCAGUGGUAGUCACCAAAGUGCUGACCGGUCGAGUGUUCUGUGAUUCCAUU